AUGUCCACGGUUAUUCCAAAGAAGAGACUUGCUAGCGGUCUAACGGUCACCCAGAAAGUCUUUGUUCGUUCCAGAAAUGGUGGUGCCACCAAAGUUGUUAGCGAACAUUACUUGAGAGACGAUAUUCCAUGUUACUCCAAGGCUUGUACAAGAUGCCCGGAAAUUGUUAAGCCAGACGCUAACAAUCAGUACCCAAAUUUCGUUUUAUCAGACAGCCCAGUAUACGCUGAGAAAUAUGGCCACCAUUAUGUGGUGCUUGAUACCAAUAUUGUGCUUUUGGCGAUUGAUUUACUCGAAAAUAAGGAUGCAUUCUGUGAUGUGAUUGUUCCACAAACCGUAUUGGAAGAAGUGAGAAACAGAUCUUUCCCAAUUUAUACCAGAUUGAGAGCAUUGUGCAAAUCAGAUGAGAAAAGAUUUGCGGUUUUUCAUAAUGAAUUCAGUGAAGAUACUUUUGUCAGCAGACUCUUGAAUGAGACCAUCAAUGAUAGAAAUGAUAGGGCCAUUAGAAGAUGCUGCGAUUAUUUCCAAAAACAUUUGAACCAGCAUAGAGACAAGAAGGUCAAACAAAUAAAUGUUGUUUUCGUUUGCAAUGAUAAGAAAAAUAGAGAUGCUGCGGCGGGUGCCGGUAUCAUGGCGGAUUCUUUGGUGGAUUACGUUACUAAUUUGCCUAACGGAGAAGAUUUGCUUGAUUUCGUGCCAAAUAUGGAAGAUGGACCAUCUUUCAGCCAUAAGAAAGAGACGAAGUUCCCAGAUUAUUACACCACUGCUAGAUUGAUGGGGGGUAUCAAGAAUGGAACUUUAUACCAGGGCCUGAUCAAUAUAUCUUCUUACAAUUUCCUUGAAGGGACGAUAUCGGUGCCUUCUUUCAAGAAACCAUUGAUUAUUAUGGGUAGAGAAAAUCUUAAUAGAAGUUUUAAUGGCGACCAAGUAGUUGUGGAAUUACUUCCAAAGUCCAAAUGGAAGACCCCAUCCAACGAGAUUGUCGAGGAAGAAAACAUGGAUGCUAAUGAUAAUGCCGAGGAUGGUGAUUCUCCAAAUGAAAUAAUAUCGGACAAAGAAAGAUUGUUCUUGCUCAAAGAAGCUCAAAAGGCGUCUUCGGAAGAAAGUUCGACGAGGAUCCAACCAACCGCAAAAAUUGUUGGGAUCACUAAAAGAAGCUGGCGGUUCUAUGUCGGUCAAAUUUCCGAAAAUUCUGUGGCUAAAGAUUCACGAACUUCUAAUGCUGCAAGAAACUGUUUUGUAAUAUUGAUGGACAGAUCUUUGCCAAAGAUCAGAAUUCGUACCAGAAAAGCUGGCGAACUUUUAGGUCAAAGAAUUGUGGUGGCGGUUGAUUCUUGGCCUAGUACCUCCAAGUACCCAGAAGGUCAUUUUGUUAAAUCUUUAGGGGCGAUUGAAUCGGUGCAAGCAGAAACCGAGGCGUUAUUGCUCGAACACAGUGUGGAAUACAAGCCAUUCAGUAAGAAGGUGUUGGAAUGUUUGCCUAAAGAAGGGCAUGAUUGGAAAGUUCCAACAAAACUUGAUGGCGAUGAAUUCAUCAAGAAAAGAAAAGAUUUCAGAGACAAGUUGGUUUGUUCUAUCGAUCCUCCUGGAUGUGUGGAUAUUGAUGAUGCUUUGCAUGCCAAACAAUUGCCAGAUGGUAAUUGGGAAGUUGGGGUGCAUAUUGCCGAUGUGACAAAUUUUGUCAAACCAAAUACUCCAUUGGAUGCUGAGGGUGCUUACAGAGGUACUUCUGUAUAUCUUGUGGACAAGCGUAUUGAUAUGUUGCCAGAAUUAUUGGGUACUGAUCUUUGUUCGUUGAAGCCUUAUGUUGAUAGAUUUGCAUUUUCUGUGAUCUGGACCUUGGAUAAUGAUGCCAAUAUUAUCGAUACCAAUUUCCAUAAAUCGAUCAUCAGAUCUCGUGAAGCAUUUUCUUAUGAAAGAGCCCAGCUUCGAAUCGAUGAUGCCAGUCAACAAGAUGAUUUGACCAAAGGGAUGAGAGCGCUUUUGGAUCUUUCUAUCAAACUCAAACAACAAAGAUUGGACGCCGGUGCGUUGAACCUUGCCAGUCCCGAAGUCAAGGUGCAUAUGGAUAGUGAGACUGCUGAUCCUGGUGAAGUGGAAAUCAAGAAAUUAUUAGCCACCAAUUCUUUGGUUGAAGAAUUCAUGUUGUUGGCGAACAUUUCUGUGGCGAAGAAAAUUUAUGAUGCAUUCCCACAAACUGCAAUGCUCAGAAGACACGCUGCUCCACCGGCCACAAACUUUGAAGUGUUGAAUGAGAUGUUAAGAGUCCGUAAAAACAUGUCAAUUUCUUUGGACUCGUCGAAAGCCCUUGCUGAUUCUUUGGACCGGUGUGUUGAUCCACAAGAUCCAUACUUCAACACUUUAUUACGUAUCAUGGCCACCCGAUGCAUGAUGGCGGCGGAAUAUUUCCCAUCGGGAAUGUUCAGUUAUGGAGAAUUCAGACAUUAUGGGUUGGCAUCGGAGAUUUAUACUCAUUUCACUUCACCAAUUCGUCGUUAUUGUGAUGUGGUGGCCCAUAGACAAUUGGCAGCGGCUAUCGGGUACGAAUCGUUGGAUUUCAGUCAUCGUGAUAAGGAUAAGAUGGAAUUGAUUUGUAAAAACAUCAACAAACGUCAUAGAAAUGCCCAAUUUGCGGGAAGAGCCAGUAUUGAAUAUUACGUGGGGCAAGUGAUGAAGAACAACAAUAACGACACCCAAGAAGGGUACAUCAUCAAGGUGUUCUCUAAUGGGAUUGUGGUAUUAGUGCCAAAGUUCGGUAUUGAAGGGUUGAUCAAGUUGGAAGUGUUGGGGGAUGCUAAUUCUGCGAAAUUCGACGAUGAGAAUUUCUCAUUGAGUUUCAAGGAUCAGAAUGGUGAUGCUAAGACAAUUAGCGUGUUUGAACAUGUGAAUGUGCAAAUCAAGUCAGUGUUGGAUCCUGCCACUAGCAAACGUAAGGCCCAAUUGGUUCUUGUUUGA